UUUCAUCACAUUGACUCGUUAGAGUGAGAUUGAUGAGAAAAUUCUUGAGAAAGAAUUUAGAACCCUAGACAAUUCAUCGAUUGAAAGCUUCACUCUCCCACAAAAAUGGCGGCUUCGUUGCAUUUCCAUGGCGUUAGAAAUCCCUGCAGCUUCGGAGCUUCAAGAAGCUCGCAUUUCUCGCGCAUGGCGUCGCUCUCAUUCUCGGCUUGGCGAGGUCGAUUCCUCAGCACGCCGAUGGAGAACGCAAGUCGAAACAGAGCUCCUAGAGUUGAGGCCGAGAAGAAGAACCGAAUCGAAGCUGUGAUCAGGAAAGACGAAGAAGAAGAAGAAGAAGAAGAGAGCGAUUCAGAGAAGCGAGAGGAACUCACUUGCGUGAUGAAGUUCGGCGGCUCGUCGGUGGCUUCUGCGCAUAGGAUUCGGGAGAUCGCUGACCUAAUCCGCAGUUUUCCAGAAGAAAAUCCCGUUAUUGUUCUCUCCGCCAUGGGGAAAACCACCAACAAUCUCCUACUCGCCGGGGAGAUGGCUGUGAGUUGCGGUGUUUCGAAUGCGUCGGAAAUCGAAGAGUUGAGUUUUAUAAAAGAAUUGCAUCUCAGGACUGUUGAUGAACUUGAAGUUGAUCGCUCUGUUAUUUCUGCACACUUGGAAGAACUGGAGCAACUUUUGAAGGGCAUAGCUAUGAUGAAGGAGUUAACACCCCGCACCAGAGAUUAUUUAGUUUCUUUUGGAGAGUGCAUGUCCACUAGAAUCUUUGCAGCUUAUCUGAAUAAUAUUGGUGUUAAAGCACGCCAAUAUGACGCGUUUGACAUGGGUUUCAUAACUACAGAUGAGUUCACAAAUGCAGAUAUCUUGGAAGCAACUUACCCCGCUGUUGCUAAAAGGUUACAUGGUGAUUGGUUUACAGAUCCUGCAAUUCCUGUUGUUACCGGGUUCCUCGGAAAGGGCUGGAAAUCUUGUGCAAUAACCACCUUGGGUAGGGGUGGUAGUGAUUUGACAGCCACCACCAUUGGUAAAGCCUUAGGCUCGCGAGAAAUUCAGGUGUGGAAGGAUGUUGAUGGCGUGUUGACCUGUGAUCCUAGUAUAUAUCCACGUGCAAAGCCUGUGCCUAACUUGAGUUUUGAUGAAGCAGCUGAGCUCGCAUACUUUGGUGCACAGGUCCUGCAUCCACUAUCCAUGAGACCAGCAAGGGAAGGUGAUAUUCCUGUUAGGGUCAAGAACUCCUACAACCCAAAAGCUCCCGGCACCCUCAUCACUAGAACAAGAGAUAUGGCUGAGGCUGUUCUAACCAGCAUAGUUUUGAAGCGGAAUGUUACCAUGUUGGAUAUUGUAAGUACACGCAUGCUUGGUCAAGUGGGUUUCCUUGCCAUGGUGUUCUCCAUCUUUGAGGAUUUGGGCAUUUCCGUGGAUGUUGUUGCUACAAGUGAAGUUAGUAUAUCUUUGACAUUGGACCCAUCAAAACUCUGGAGUAGAGAACUAAUCCAGCAGGAACUCGACAAUGUAGAGGAAGAGCUCAAAAAGAUUGCAGUCGUGAAACUUCUGCAGCAUAGAUCAAUCAUCUCUCUCAUUGGAAACGUUCAGCGAUCUUCAUUGAUUCUAGAGAAGGCAUUCCACGUUCUUCGGACAAACGACGUCAAUGUCCAAAUGAUCUCACAGGGGGCAUCCAAGGUCAACAUCUCGUUGAUUGUAAAUGAUAGUGAAGCUGAAAGAUGUGUGAAGGCCCUUCACCAAGCCUUUUUUGAGAGUGGCGACCUAUCUAAUUUAAUCAUACACGAGUGUGGAUCUGAAAAUGGAUCGGCUUCUUCGUGGCGACUGUGAUGGCGACAAUGAAGGAAUGUAGCGUUCUUGUGGUGGGCCAAUCUAGUUCUUUUAAGGCCUUUAAUUUGUUUUCAAUACUUUAGUUUAUACUUGUUGUAUAUUAAGUUUUUUACCUAUGUUUCUAUCAUUCCAAUUUUGUCAAUAAUGUUCUUAAAAAAAUUUCUUUAGAUUCUUGGGGCGGGUACACCCUAUUUGGUACCACAAGUAAUAA